CUGAACCAUUGUCGAUCAUUUGCGACACCUUAAAAAAACAAAAAACUCACCCAGGCCAGUGGCGGCUACGUCCCGUUCAGUACUGCAUGUCCCCACAGACCAGUGUCUGCAUAUUCCGACACCGUCGAGCAUAGGCGACAACGGGCUGUCGGGUAAAAUCGUUACAGAACAAGCGCAAUAAGCGAAAAUGGGACUUAUUACACCUAUUAUUGAGGUCGUUGUGUUAAAAAAGGCACUAGUUGCGUGUUGUGUGCAUUGUUUUGGGUUUUCCACCUUGUUAUUGUUAUUCAAAACAUUGUGCGGUAUGGAUGACGUUAGAGCUGGUGCUUUUCAGGAAGGAAGUGCGCGAAAUAAACGAAAAAUAAUUGAAGGAAUCAGUGGUAAUUAUUGGAUUGACUGCGGAGGAAGUCCGGAAUUUGUCGAAGUACGCUAUAAGUUCUGAUGAAGACGAACCCAAGGAUCCCUUUGAUGACAGUGGAAGCGAUUUUAUUCACAGUUCGGAAAGCAGUUCAUCGGAGUCUGAAUUUUUAGAAAUGUCUGAUGUUGAUGGUAAUACCGGUAAUUCUAAUCAAAAGCACGAGCUGAAUAAUGUCAUAGAAAUAGACGAGGCCAUGAAUGUUGAAAAUCUUGAAAUAAAGUGGACAAACCCUGAGUUCAUACCGAAAAUUUUUGCAUUCGACAAUUCUAAUAGCGGGUUACAAAAUCAUAAUUUGAAUAGUGAAAGUACCGAAGUAGAUUUUUUUAUGAGUCUUUUGUCUGAAGAUAUUAUGAACGUUAUUGCCAUCGAGACAAAUAGGUAUGCUCUUCAGAAAGCUGCACCUAAGUGGAAAAACGUGGACGUUCCCGAACUAUAUGUAUUUUUCGCUAUGACACGUACGAAAAAAUUAAACAUCAAGGAGUAUUGGACCCAAGAUAUCUUACUCAGCACUCCGGUUUUUGGAAAGACUAUGUCAAGAAACAGAUAUUGUGAAAUACAUCGCUACCUUCAUUUUGCUAAUAGUGAGGAGGAAGAGGCCCAUAACCGAUUGGGAAAAUUUGGAACCGUUUUGGCUUUACUAAAAGACAAUUUCAAGGCACAGUUUUAUCCAUUUCAGAAUCUGGUAAUCGAUGAAAGUAUGGUUCUCUUCAAAGGCCGCCUUAGUUUCAAGCAAUAUAUAAAAACAAAAAGACAUCGUUUUGUAAUCAAAUUGUAUGUGUUGUGUGACUGUGAGACUGGCAUAGUGUUAGACUUCAUAGUGUAUGUGGGGAAAGGAACAAAUCCACAAGAAAACACUCGUGGAUUAGGCGCUACAGGUGAAAUAGUCAAUAGUUUGUUGGAACCAUACCUCAGUAAGGGCCAUUCUCUUUUUACUGACAAUUUUUAUACCAGCCCGACAUUGUCCACAUUUCUUUACGAAAAGAAAACAAAUUCAUUGAUGCUUACUACCCUAUAUGAAAAUAAAAUGAUCACUCUUCCAAGAAAAGAUAGGGUUACAAACGAAGACGUUCAGAAGCCAUUAUGUGUUUUGGAAUAUAACAAGCAAAUGGGCACCGUCGACCGGUUUGAUAUUAUGAUAAGCAGCAUCGAUUCUACGCGCAAAAGCAUCAAAUGGUACAGAAAACUAUUUUUUCAUACUAUUGAUAUAACUUUGCUGAAUGCUCAUGCCAUGUAUUUGACUCAAAAUACAUCAAGAGUUCCAUUGGCAACAUUUCAACUUGCAAUAAUUAGACAGUUGUUAGAAAGGUAAAAAAAAUUGUCCAAGAAUAUUUCUAUACCUAUUGAUGUGUAUAAUUUUUUCAGGUCUCAAAAAGCAGCAUUGAGUUCAGUUCAUUUGGAUCUUGGUAAUAGAAGACUCACAGAAAGGUACUUUCCCGAUCUAGUACCAGUCAAGGAAGGCCGUAAAUCGGGCUACAUGAGAUGCCAUGUAUGUUCCCACAACAAAAAAAAUCUUAAGAAAAGAAAAGAGACCAGAUAUAUUUGUAAGGAAUGUGAUGUCGAGUUGUGUGUUUGUGUUGUCUGUUUUAAAAUAUAUCACGAAGAAGAAAUAUUUUGAAACGAAGGCUCAUACACACAUAACCUCAAAGUGAGCUCCAAAACCUUUUAAAAGAGGUAACUAUUAUAAGAUAAUGCAGUAAAGGAACAUAUUCGAUCAUUUAAAGGACGAAGAGGACACUAUAAUUUGUCAGAAUCAAAGAAAGUUUACCUGCCUGAGGAAUUAAACAUUAAAAAAAUGCAUAGCCUGUACACCGAGAAAUAUGGAGAAUUUCCUGUUUCCUACGAGACCUACAGAACAAUAUUUUCUGAAAAUUUUUACAUAUCCUUUGGAUAUCCUCGAAAAGAUACAUGUAGCAUAUGUGACGAAUUAGUCAUAAAAAUGAAAAACGUAGAAGUAGAACUGUCUCAUCAGACUCAGGUUCUUAACCCCGAUUUAAAUACUAAAAAAAGGCUUGAAUAUUAUUAUGUUUUUAUAAUGUUUCAGUGGAUUUUAGCUAACCAAUGACCUUAUCUUAUUUUUUUCUAAAAUAUAUUAGCAAGUUACUUACAAACUGGUUUUUUUCCAGAUUUCAUUCCUAUAUCAAAGCCAAAAUAUGACGAUAUAAGACAUCUGUCAAAAUUUUGCGAAGAAUAGUUAUUGUCACUGCCUCACAAGAAAAUCUGAUAACAAGCCAGGAAAAUUAAUAAAUAUUGAGUAAUGUAUUUAACAUAGAUACUGUAUAUUAUUCAAUAAACAUAUAAGUAAACAAGAAAGAAUCCUAGUUCAACUCUUGAUUUCCUUUCCUAAAUCAAUGGACAACCCCAUUUUUAUCCGGUUUUUUGGUAACAUUUUAAAAGUUUCAAUAUUUACACCAUAAAUUAAAGUACAAAUGUAUUGAAAAAUUCCAGUUAUAUUUUCAAUGAGUUAUUGUAAUAUAUAUUAAUAUUUGCUCUCAAAUAAGCAAGCUUAAUAUAGUUAAGAGUCUUGUAAUCUAAGAAAUGCUCUCCUGAAAAAUUUGCAAAAAUUGACUUAGCCCCUUCUUUCCCUGAUGCCUUUAGAGAGUAAUGCCAUAAGUAAAGACGUUUAGAACCGAAUAUAUUAUCCUAGAGGCUUUAAGCAAGAAGACUGCAGUUUUGUUAGCCCUGGCUAAUGGCCAUCGAAUACAAACUUUAAUUAAUAUCAAGAACAUUUCCAUCCUACCUCAUAAAAUCAUAAUAAAAAUAUCAGACCGUUUGAAAACAUCUGCAGUAAAUAGAUCUCAACCUCUUUUGGUUCUACCUUUCCUUGAUGAUGAUCCUCAAUUAUGUAUAGCUAGAGCGCUUAAAAAAUAUAUUACCGAAACUAAAAAUUUAAGAAACUCUUGUGAUUAGCUUUUUAUUACUUUUAAAAAACCCCACAGAAAAGCAUCUUCUUCUCCUAUCAGUCGGUGGAUCUAGAACAUGUUGGAACAAAAUGGAUAUGACAAUAUUUAAACGACAAAGUACAAUACAUACUUCCACCUCUUCAGCUGCUAAGGCCGGGGUCAGUUUUGAUAAUAUAAGAUUAGCUGUGGGGUGGUCAAAGGAUUCGAAAACAUUUACUAAUUUUCAUAAUCGCCCUAUUAUAGAUAAUUCUGAGUUUGCGAAAACUGUACUAGCUUCUUAACUGUCAGUUUACGAUUAAGUAUUUAAUUAGUUACCACUGUUAACCAUAUUGCUUAAAAUAAAAUUUUUUUUGAGUUUAUCUGUAGUUGCAAGAAACUUUAAACAUCUACAUAUUUAUUAUAUUACGUUACAUAUUACAUUAUAUUAUAUUAUAUUACAUAUUACAAGACGAGACCGUAAUAUAAUUAAUAGAUCAAACAAACUUACUUUAAGUGAUGUUCGAUCUUGAUUAUAUUAUGGUCUCGUUGAAGUAAAUAAGUCCCUCCCUCCACCCUCCCUAUAAACACCCCUUGCAACAACAACUUUAGUGUGACUGCAGUAAAUGGGAGGCACGGGCGAGGGUUCGGGUUGUAAUAGAUAAUAAAACCGAUUUCUUUGAAUAUUUUGGUCCAGGAGCGCCGAAGCGGAGGUACUACAAUUUAUUAUUUACUUCAACGAGACCGUAAUAUAAUAAAGAUCGAACAUCACUUAAGGUAAGUUUGUUUUAUCUAUUAAUUAUUUUGUAUUAUUGAUAUAUCGAAGAAUAAAAUUUAUAUUCCUAUAUAAACAUUUUUACACAAUCUGAUUUUUGUUAUGUGUGAUGUAUGUUUCACGAUUAUGUAACGUUUAAAUACGUAACUUAAUUGUUUUGUAUUAUUGGAGUAACUAAAGACUAACUAACCUAAUUUAUUGUUGUGAAAAUUUAUUUCCAAGACUUUUCGAAUGUUCGAUAAUGUAAACUGAGAAGGGUUUUUACAAGUAUUACCAGGCAUUUAAAAUUCAAGUGAGUCUCUUAUGUAUCGAUAAUAAUGUCUUAU